CGCUACCUCUCUCAAGAAUGCCCAGUUGUUCCCUCAAUAUUCACUUCUUUCUACGUUGGUCUAUCUCUUUUACCCUAUCAUCGUCUCUCCCUCUCUCAUUCUUUUCAGUCCCAUAGUGAAUAUUGCUUUAUAUGUCUUUUCUCAUACAUGGUUUCAAGCCUGCCCACUGGUCUAGCUAGCUACUGCAUUAAUUGAUACAUGGCGUCCAUGAAGUUGGGCUCAAAAACUGAUGGCUUUCACCGUGAUGGAAAUACUUGGUAUUGCACAACUGGGCUUCCAAGUGAUGUUACCAUUGAGGUUGGGGAAAUGACUUUCAAUCUCCACAAGUUUCCAUUGCUUUCAAGAAGUGGGCUUCUAGAGAAGCUUAUUGAAGAGCUUUCUAUUGAGGAUGGAUCUGUUUCUGUCUUGAAACUUAAUGACAUGCCUGCUGGUGCUAAAGCUUUUGAACUUAUAGCCAGAUUUUGCUAUGGUAUCAAAAUAGAGAUGACUUCUUUGAAUGUGGUUAGCCUUAGAUGUGCAGCAGAGUACCUUCGCAUGACUGAAGAUUAUGGAGAAGGGAAUCUCAUUGUGCAAGCAGAGGCUUUCCUUGACGAAGUCUUUGGCAGUUGGACAGACUCCAUAAAAGCUCUUGAAACUUGUGAAGAAGUUCUGCCUUAUGCAGAAGAAAUUCACAUUGUUCCAAGGUGCAUCGAUUCCUUAGCAAUGAAAGCUUGUGCAGAUCCAAACGUGUUUAAUUUGCCUGUUGCGGGACAACCUGACGCCCCAAGCCAGAGAGACGUUAUCUUAUGGAAUGGUAUAUCAUCUUCUGCAAAUAAACCACAACCCAUCAGUGAAGACUGGUGGUUCCAAGAUGUCUCAUUCCUCAACUUACCUCUCUACAAAAGACUGAUUUUAGCUGUUGAAUCAAGAGGCAUGAAACCCGAGACUAUUUCUGCUUCCCUAAUAUAUUAUGCCAAGAGAUAUCUCCCCUUGAUGAGUAGACAAUCAAGCUUUGACCAUGCCAACAAUGGCAAUCCUUGGGCAACUGUUUCCAUCCCUUCUGAGACAGAUCAAAGGGUUCUCCUAGAAGAGAUCGUGACAUUAUUACCUAAAAAAAGGGGAGUCACAUCCCCCGAGUUUUUGAUUAUGCUGCUACGUACAGCUAUGGUUUUGCAUGCAAGUCCAUUAUGCAGAGAAAAUUUGGAGAAAAAGGCGGGAGCCCAGUUAGACCAAGCAGUACUUGUAGAUCUUCUCAUUCCAAAUAUGGGUUAUUCAGUGGAAACCCUUUAUGAUAUAGAUUGUGCUCAAAGAAUGCUAGACCAUUUUAUGUCUCUAAAUCAAGACGCAGCUUUAUCAACCCCCCCCUGCAUAGUUGAAGAAGGCCAGUUUCUGGGCGGCCCUGAUACACUACAACCAUUGACUAUGGUGGCCAGUCUGGUGGAUGGAUUUCUUGCUGAGGUUGCACCAGAUGUAAAUUUGAAGCCCUCAAAAUUUGAGUCACUUGCAUCGACCAUCCCAGAUUAUGCCAGGCCACUUGAUGAUGGAGUUUAUCAUGCUAUUGAUGUAUACCUCAAGGCUCAUCCUUGGCUUACAGAUACAGAAAAGGAGCAGCUUUGCAGACUUAUGAACUGCCAGAAGCUCUCACUGGAAGCCUGCACUCAUGCAGCUCAGAAUGAGAGGCUACCUCUUCGGGUAAUUGUCCAAGUCCUCUUCUUCGAGCAACUUCGGCUUCGGACAUCAAUUUCUGGAUGGUUCUAUGUCUCUGAGAAUCUUGACAACUCACAAAAUCCUUGUGGAAGCCUUGAACUUCCCAAAAAUGAUGGUUCUCAUCAAAUAAACUCUAAAGGCCGAACUGUGGGCGUUGAUGACGUGAAGGAGCGUGUUUCUGAGCUUGAAAAGGAAUGUUUGACAAUGAAACAAGAUCUUCAAAAGAUCCUAAAGACAAAGAGAAGCUGGAAGAUAUUUUCCAAGACAUUCGGGUUUAGACGCAAACUACAGCCCUGCAAUUCAAAAGAAUCAUGUGAACUGAAAGAGCCGGAAGCAUCUGCAAAUGGACUCCAGAAUCAUGAGAAUGGUGGCUUGCCUCAGUAGAGAUCUGUAGAAUGGCACGCAUAGUUGCAGUUCAGUAAUAGAACAAUCAAGUUUCUGUUUGAUGAAAUAAUUGAGAGUCUGGAUCAGUUUCUCAUUCCCAGCAA